AUGAGUGACUUAGGGUUUGAUCCUUCAUUAAAGAAAAAGAAAAAGUCUAAAAAGACUGACGAAUCAGGCGAAUCUCCUGCUCCCGAAUCUGAAGGAACUCCUGCUGUUGAAGAUGAAUUAUUCUCAGGAUUAAAAAAGAAAAAGAAAAAGUCCACCAAGGCAUUUGAAAUGUCUCCUACCCCAGGCGAAGAAGACUUAUCCUCUUCAUUCGACGACUUGACAUUAAAGAAGAAGAAAAAGAAGAAGAGCACAAAGACCACAGCCGACGAUUUCGAACAACAAUUGGAAGAAGCCGGAAUUGAAGAAGUGCCAGCAGAAGCCACCGAAGAAGACGGCAAUGUGUCCAGUGGCGGAUUCACAUAUGAAGAGUUAUUGUCUCGAUUCUUUACCAUCUUAAAAACUAAUAACCCUGAGUUGGCUGGUGACAGAUCUGGACCUAAAUUCAGAAUCCCACCUCCAAUAUGUCAAAGAGAAGGUAGUAAAAAGACUUUGUUUGCCAAUGUUCAAGAAAUCGCCACCGUAUUACAAAGAAACCCUGAACACUUGAUACAAUUCUUGUUUGCUGAAUUGGGUACUUCUGGUUCCAUCGAUGGUGAAAAGAGAUUGGUCUUGAAGGGUAAGUUCCAACCAAAACAAAUGGAAUCCGUUUUAAGACGUUACAUCAUUGAAUACGUCACAUGUAAGACUUGUAAGUCCAUGAAUACCGAAUUAAAGAGAGAAUCAGCCAAUAGAUUGCAUUUCUUGAGUUGUAAAGCUUGUGGAUCCACCAGAUCAGUAAGUUCAAUCAAGACUGGGUUCCAAGCCCAAAUUGGAAGAAGAAAGAAGAUGUAG